CCCACCCCCAGGAAACAAAGAAAGCCGCCCUAGUUUUGAGUUUCAGCGGAGAGAAGACGGAGAGAAAACAAGGCUAGCACUGCUCCUGCGACACAAGAAGCAAGAACAGCUAUGACGUCCGUGUCCCUCCUGCUGUCCCUCCUGCUGUCCCUCCUGCUGGGUGUGGCUGAUGUUCGAGGAGGGUCAGAGUUCAGAAUCUGUGCCUUCAAUCUUCAUCAUUUCGGGGAAUCCAAAUCUAACAAGAACGAGAUCAUGAUAACUCUGGCCAGGAUCAUUACUCGCUGUGACGUGUGUUUGCUUCAGGAGGUCAGAGACCGUAAAGGAACAGCCGUAUCAAAGCUGCUUCAAACGAUCAGAAGGUAUGACACGAGGAACCAGUAUGACCUUUUGGCCAGUGAGAGGCUGGGCAGGAAGGGGUCAUACCAGGAGCAGUACGUGUUCGUCUACAGGACCAACACUGUGAAGGUUACUGAUCGGUAUCAGUACCCAGAUAAUAUGCCAGGAGAUGAAGAUGCUUUCUCCAGAGAACCUUUUGUUGUUCGCUUCAAAGCCCCAAAGACCUCUAUACAGGAGUUUGUUCUCAUCCCUCAACACACCACUCCGACCAACGCCACUAAAGAGCUGGAUGCCCUGUAUGACGUCCUGCAGAACGUGAGAAGGAUGUGGAGAACCGAGAACGUGAUGCUUCUCGGGGACUUCAACGCCGACUGUGGUUACCUGGCAAAGAAGAACCGGGACAAAGUGCGUCUGAUUACAGACAGGAGCCUCCAUUGGCUGAUAGGAGAGAACAGCGACACCACCGUGAAACACAGCACGUCCUGCUCCUACGACAGGAUUGUCAUCCAUGGAGAAAAGUUUAACGGAGCAGUUGUCCCUUCCUCAGCCCAGCCAUUUAACUUCCAACAGGAGUACAGACUAACAGAAGAACAGGCGCUAAAUGUGAGCGACCAUUACCCAGUGGAGGUCCUGCUGAAGGUCAGCAGUUCCAGAUCCUUCAAUGGAGUCACUUCCUUUACAAGCAGCUUCACUGUGUUUCAGUGUUUCUGCCUUAUAAUCUGUCACGUGUUGUCAUAGCAACUGGACAGCGAAUGUAUUGAGAUGUUUUAUAGCUCACCUCUCAACACAUUCAACCUGAGUUCAACUUUAAAACCUUUUGAUUUCUAGUCCUAGAAAAUGAAAUAAUAUGCAUGUUUUUUUUUUCUCU